AUGCAGUUAUUGGCUAAUGAGGUGAGAAGUUCAAUUGUUAAGGCAGUUAAACACGCAAAAUAUUUCACAUUUAUACUUGAUUUUACUCCAGAUGCAAGUCACAAUGAGCAAAUGUCUUUAUUAGUACGAUAUGUAGAUGAUUCAGCAAACUUACCUACAGUUAAAGAAUAUUGGUUUGAAUUUUUUAAGGUAGAUGACACAACAGGACUUGGACUUACAGCCGAGCUUCAAAAGAUUUUGAUCAAACUUGAUCUUGAUAUUGAUGAUGUUAGAUGUCUAAAUCUAGCAUUAUGUGAUAUGGUGAAUUGUAGUUCUAAAGUUGUAUCUUUCUUUGGAAUGAUACAGCGCAUCUACACAUUGUUCUCAUCUUCUACUAAGAGACGAAAAUUUUUCAAAAAUAAUUCAAUAUUUUGCAUCUGUAGAAAGAAGUUUCUUGAAAUUGAGAUUGAUCAAGACUUACUUCCGAUCAAUUAUCUCACAAGAAUGAUUGAAUGGAUUGCAAUGUUGUCAAUGGAGAAAGAAAUGGUAGUAUGUGCAUCAUGUCCAGCUGACAUGACAAGAAGAAUACAUAGGCAUUGUCAACAAGGACUAGAUAUAGAGGACCUUCUGAGUGAGUGA